GUAAAAGAAGAGGAGGAUACUGUUUUUGGAGUGAAGGAGACGGGAGAGAUAACUGUCACAUUGAAGUUGGAGAAGGAAGAACAAGAACAGGAGGAGGAGACAGGCGAUCUGAUUAAGACCAGAGAAAGACCAGACUCUCCCUCUGACAGCAGGAAGAGUCCUUCAGGGGAACCAGACCCAGAGAUGCCCAAACCAGCCAAAGGACAUCACUGCUCCCACUGCGGAAAGAGUUUUACUAAGUUACGAAACCUAAAAGAGCAUGAGAGGACACACACAGGAGAAAAGCCUUUCCAAUGUUUCCAGUGUGGAAACAGUUUUAGUCAGUUAGGGAGCCUGAAAAUACAUAAGAGAAUACACUCUGGAGAGAAGCCUUACCGCUGCUCCCACUGUGGAAUUACUUUUACCUGGUUAGGAAGCCUGAAGUCACAUGAGAGAAUACACACAGGAGAAAAGUCCUACCACUGUUCCCACUGUGGAAAGAGUUUUAGGUGGUUAGAAGGCCUGACAAAGCAUGAGAGGACACACACAGGAGAAAAGCCCUACCAAUGCUCCCACUGUGGAAAGAGUUUUACUCAGUUGGGGAACCUGAAAUCACAUCAGAGGAUACGUACACAGGAGGAGACAACAUACCACUGCUCUCAUUGUGAAAAGACAUUUUCCCAGUCAGAGGACCUGAAAUCACAUGAGAGAAUAGAGAGGCUGUGUUCUGACUUAUGUUUUUGACUGAGAAUUAGUGUUUUUGUUCAUGCCAAAUGAAAUCGUAUUGUUUAUAUGAAAUCAUUAAAAAAAAACUUUACUUUUGCUUUUGUUUUUUAUCUGGAGACCUGAUCAUGUCUAAAAUCAGAUAAAAUAUUUUAAAAUAUGUAUAUUAUUUUUCUUAUGAGCCUCGAUUGAUUGGAUGCAAAAUGUCAACCCUAUGAUGUUGUUCAUUAUAUUAUUUGCAAAAUGUAAAUUAUUAUAUAAGUAAGUAGCCUUCUAGAACAGCUCAUAGAAACAGGAGCCUUGUCUUGUAUGAUCCAGAACGUCUGUCUGACAUUGUGAGAGUAAUAAGGAAAAUAUUUUUAGUUUUCAUUGUAUUUCCAUAUCUUGACAGGCUAUAUAUAAUUUG